AUGCGGUCAAUACCGCGCCACAGUAGGAGCCACUCUGUAGCUGCAGUGGACAUCGAUUCUUCAGUUGUUCUGAGCACUCCUGCUAACUCCGACCAGAUGAAGUGCGGAGUCGCCAACCGCUUCCCAGCUUUCUCCAUGAGCUUUGGCCGUCCCAGGCGUUCCAUCUCCAGGAGUUCGCCCUCAAACAUCGAGCUCGUCACCAUCCCUAAGGUAAAGGAGCCCAUGCAGAACAUCACAGAGAUCUUCGCCAGGUAUCAAGAGCUAGUCAUCCCUUUCAUUCGUUCUAAUGGUCCAGUAUGUGGCGGUUUGUACGCCAAAUCACUUUCAGUCAUCACAGAAUUCCUAGAGGUGGAAGAUGGCACUGUAUACUUAUGCCAAGGUAAAAGCUUUCUGCAUAUGCCUCUGUUUAUACAGACGCUGUCUCUGGGCACCAGUGUGUUCCCUGUGUAUCAGCUCCAGACUGCAGAUAUCCAUAAGUGGAUCUUGCUGCACUACAGUCCCUUUAAGGCAGUAUGGGAUUGGGUCAUCCUGCUGCUAGUGCUCUACACUGCAGUCUUUACCCCAUACUCAGCCGCUUUUCUGCUUAACGAGCUGGCAGAGAAUCGACGACGUGUCUGUGGUUACACCUGCAACCCGCUCAAUGUCGUGGACGCCAUCGUGGACGUUCUGUUCAUGGUGGACAUCAUGAUCAGCUUUCGCACCACAUACGUCAAUCAUGAGGAUGAGGUGGUAACGCACCCUAAAAGCAUCGCUGUUCACUACAUUAAAGGCUGGUUUCUUAUUGACAUGGUGGCUGCUCUUCCUUUUGACCUGCUCAUCUUUAAAUCUGGUUCCGACGAGACAACAACCGCUCUGAUUGGUCUCCUGAAGACUGCACGACUGCUCCGAUUGGUUCGUGUGGCCAGGAAGUUAGAUCGGUACUCGGAGUAUGGAGCGGCUGUCCUGGUCUUGCUCAUGUGUACGUUUGUGCUCAUCGCCCAUUGGCUGGCAUGUAUUUGGUAUGCCAUUGGCCAUGUGGAGAGGCCCUACAUGAAAACAGGAUGGUUGGAUAACCUGGCCGAUCAACUUGGGAAGUACUAUAACGACAGCGAUGCCACCUCUGGACCUUCCAUAAAGGAUAUGUAUGUCACUGCACUGUACUUCACUUUCAGCAGCCUGACCAGUGUGGGUUUUGGAAAUGUCUCACCCAACACCAACUCUGAAAAGAUCUUCUCCAUCUGCGUCAUGCUCAUUGGGUCCCUCAUGUAUGCCAGCAUAUUUGGGAACGUUUCAGCAAUCAUUCAGCGUCUUUAUUCUGGAACCACCCGUUACCACACACAGUUGCUGAGGGUCAAAGAGUUCAUUCGUUUCCACCAAAUACCACCAGCCCUGAGGCAGAAGCUUGAGGAAUACUUCCAACAUGCUUGGUCAUACACCAAUGGCAUUGAUAUGAAUGCAGUUUUGAAAGGUUUUCCUGAAUGCCUACAGGCUGAUAUCUGUCUGCACUUGAACCGCAACCUGCUACAGAACUGCAAGGCCUUCAAGGGGGCCAGUAAAGCCUGUCUAAGAGCCCUUGCCAUGUGCUUAAAGACCACUCACUCCCCACCAGGGGACACUCUCUACCAUCAUGGUGAUAUUCUACAUACCUUGUACUUCAUCUCCCACGGCUCAAUUCAGGUGUCCUGCAAUGAAGUAGUGCUUGCUAUAUUGGGCAAGAACAAUAUCUUUGGCGAGUCCAUUAACUUGUACACAGAACCUGGCUAUUGCAACGCUGAUGUGCGAACACUCACCUAUUCUGAUCUCCAUCAAAUCCAGAGAGAUGAUCUCUUGGAGGUCCUAGAUAUGUACCCAGCCUUUGCGGAAAGCUUCUGGAAGAACCUGGAGAUCACCUUCAACCUCAGAGAAGUAGAUCAGGUCCUUCACACAUUACACAGUGAAGAUAAUGGCUGCCAUUACCAUAUUAAUCAACCAAGGCAUCACAAAAACUCAGUGGAGAGACGCAACAAGCCAGAUGGAAUGGAUCAAGAUGAUUCCUAUUCGGUUCAAACAUGUACCCGUCUGGGUAGUCACUGCUUUGCUGGUCCUCACACUCACUGGGAUGAACUGUGUAGCUGCAGCUCCUCCAGAACUCAGUCUAGUGAGAACAUCAACAAACUGUCUCUUUACACCCCUAAUGGAGACCCCCAAGGUUACCCUGCAUCAGCCCUACAGGUCAUUCCACCCAGCAACAAAUCUGAGAUGGGCAAAGAACUUGGCAUGGACAGAGGAGCUCAUCUUCCUGGAUUGUACCAUUACUGGCCAGAUUGUUGGUCCACUCAGUAUGCAAGCUGUUCUUACAGAUCGUCUGUCCAAGCCUCAUGUCAUCCACCUUUAUUUGCAGAAGAGGAGCUUCAUUCAAGACUCGAGUUACUCCAAAGUCAGCUUAACAGACUGGAGGCAAGAAUGACUACAGACAUAACCAUGAUUCUUCAGCUCCUUCAGAGGCAGAUUACACCUGUACCCCCAGCAUACAGCACUGUAUCACCUGGGAUCAACUGCCCAGAGCCCUCAAUCCUGUAUGGAAACAGUGGACCAGUACUCUACAAUCUGUACCCUAUUCAACUGGAGAGCACAACUACCAUGAUCCAGAACUCAACCAGGCCUGAUUCAGGGUUCACACCUAAGUCUUUGAAUUCCCAGCUAAGCAAGAUCCAUGAGAUGGUGAGAGAAAAACACGAAGAGCGCACCAGACACAUUAACCCAAAAACACCACCUGCUGUGACCUCCAUCCUCCAGGAAGCGCCCAGCGUCCGGGAUACGACACGGCUCCAGGCGUCUCGCAGGUAUUCCUCACUACCGGGUAAUUUAGAUUCCUCGGUAGGCCUGACUGAAACCCAUAAACACGUAUCCGAGCCUGUCUUGGACAUUAAUCAUUAACUAGGAAGAAAAUGUGCCUCAACCGGUCUUAACGCCAGCCGAGAUUACACAAGAAUUCGGGGUUUUUCUUGACAUUGAUAAGCGGAGGUACUGCUAAAAAAAAGACACAUUAGACC